AUGCAUCUCAAUUCAUUCGUUGCCCUCAAUGCGCUUGCUGGCGCAGCUGUGGCAUCUCCGGCUCCCGCUCUGCACCCCAGGCAGACCGACCUCGGGACCUUCAUCCAGACUGAGAAAUCAAUUGCCCUUCAGGGAGUUCUCAACAACUUCGGCCCCAAUGGCAACCUCUCUCGGGGGGCAGCACCUGGUGUCGCUAUCGCCGGAAAUUCUGAGAUAAACCCUCCUUACAUCUACACCUGGACCCGUGAUACCGCCUUGACUGUGAUGUCCCUUAUCCACGAGUUCCUCGCAGGAAACUCGUCCCUCGAGGAGCUCAUCCAGCAAUACGUCACCACGUCGGCUAAGAUGCAGACCGUCAAUAACCUGUCGGGCGACCUGUCAGACGGCGCUGGCCUCGGUGAGCCUAAAUACAAUAUCAACGUCACUGCUUUCAACGAGCCUUGGGGCCGCCCGCAGCCCGAUGGCCCUGCCCUGCGUGCAUCGGCCCUCAUCGCGUACGGCAACCAUCUGCUUGCUAAAGGCCAGCAGGCUAAGGUGUCGGAAAACAUCUGGCCUAUUGUCAGCAACGACCUGGCAUACGUCGGCCAGUACUGGAACCAGUCGGGCUUCGACCUGUGGGAGGAGGUUAAUGGCACCUCUUUCUUCACCACCGCCGUCCAGCACAAGGCCCUUGUUGAGGGUAAAGCCUUUGCGACCGCCCUUGGUAAGUCCUGCACCGCUUGCACCGUGGCACCGCAAAUCCUGUGUCAUCUCCAGGACUUCUGGAACGGCACGACACUGAUCUCGAACUCGCCUACCAACGGUCGCAGCGGUAUUGACGUCAACUCCGUUCUCGCCUCCAUCAACACCUUCGACCCUGCCGCUGCAUGUGACGAUCUCACCUUCCAGCCUUGCUCCGCCCGUGCCUUGGCCAACCACAAGAAACUCAUUGACGGAUUCCGUUCUAUCUACGGCAUCAACAAGGGCAGAACCACUGGCAAGGCAGCCGCUGUGGGCAGAUAUACCGAAGACAUUUUCAUGGGCGGCAACCCUUGGUACCUGGCCACCCUUGCGGCCGCUGAGCAGCUUUACGAUGCCCUAUACCAGUGGGACGGACAGGGUGCCAUCACUAUCACCACUCUCUCCCUGCCAUUCUUCCGCGACCUCGUGGCCAAUGUCCACACUGGCGUCUACCCCAAGUCAUCUCCAGCUUACAAGUCUAUCACUGACGCUGUGAGAGCCUACGCGGACGGUUUCAUCGCAGUCGUGCAAGAGUACACCCCUGCCAAUGGCGGCCUGUCGGAAGAAUAUGAGCGCGACACCGGCGUCCAAAAAUCUGCUCCCGAUCUCACCUGGUCUUACGCUUCCUUCUUGACUGCCAUUGCUAGACGCAACGGUUCCGUGCCACCGUCCUGGGGGUCUUCUUCCGCACUUGCGCUUCCCCAAAAGUGCGGUCCCACCACUGUCCAGGGCACCUAUGCGGCUGCCACGCCUUCUUCGUGGUAA